AUGAUUACAUCGGCUGCUCAUUUCGCUUGGUGUUACUCUAAUUGUUUUUCAUCCCUUCGCCACUGUAGCCGUAGUAAACUGAAGAUUGACAUGACUGACAGCGAGUCGGAUGCAGGGUUCAUCCAACUGCGGAACCGGCUGCUAGAACUACUGUAUAGUAGCAACUCAUCCUUUUCCGUGGAUCAAAUUGCGCGCAUACUCGCUGUGGAUGAGUCAAAAAUUGUGAAUGAACUAAAACACGUUGCUCACAAUGACGUGGCGUACGAUGAGGCAAAAGGAAUUGUGCAAGUACGCGCGGAUAUGUGGAAACCACGGUCAAUGAAGGCUGGAGAUGUUGUUAUUGACACGGCCGCGACAACGACCCCCGCGGCUGUUGCUGAUGUGGCUCCUGGAAGUGUCGCUGUGGAAGCCUAUGGUGGUGGCACCUCUGGUGGUGGGGUUGAGCGAAGGAACAUAAAUGCAGGGGGGCCGCUUACGCCUUCACCGGUGUUGGGUAGUCCAUUGAAUCCCAUGUUUAAGGCCUACCCAAAGUACGGCAGCCACAAUUAUUACCCCAAUCGUGGCAUGCGUGUUCUGGCGCCCAAAGGGGCGUUACGUAAAACGAAGUACCGCCGUACCGGUGAUGCUGAAACGCUCGGUAAAGGUGGCGGCAUGAGAGAUGAGGGAACGUCACCAACGGGGCGUGUUGGUUAUGUUUGUGUUGCGGAUGAGUUCCGUCUCAGUGAGAUGGAGUCAUACUACUGUGCACAGGGUUAUUAUGCAAAGUUUGCUUUCGAUGUUCUUCAUAUUCGCUUCUCUGACAGGGAGAUGAAGGCAAAGGACCCACGCGGUGAUGGCUUGGGGGCUGGAGGCAGCGGUUGCCAGGAUGGCUCUGGUAACAAUUUGGAUAAUUCAAGCACCAACCCUGCUGGAGGUGAAAAGGUUACCGAUCGGACCACUUCAUCUGCAUUUACGAAACUAUCCCGAAGUGCCGGCUUUGAUCUGUUUGUGUUUGGGUACGGGGCGGUGGUGUGGUGGGGAUUCGACCAGCGUUUUUUCAAAAUUGUGGAGAACGACUUUAUGUUGUCCAGCAGCCCUAUUUCCAACCUUAUGGUGAACCGCUAUGCCACGCAUUUGGUGAAUGCAAACUACCCUGUGUGGUGUACAUACAAUCUUGCCCGCAAAGAAUCGCUGGAACCUGAUGAACACUUUCGGGAGCAACUCCGCUUCGAUCACUUUCUCAUUCCAUGUGGUCGUGGGGAUUUUUCUACAGGUAAUGUGUGCAUGUUAUGCGUUUCGCACGCCCUUGCGCAGUCAGCAAAAAUUGACUACCUUGAGCUGAAGGUGCAAGAACUGGCGGAGAGAUGCUCCCCGCUGCCGCGGGAACUGCGUGAAAAUGGUCGAGUGACCAUUGCGGAACGGCGGCUUCUGCAACUCCGUGGGGAGGUGCUGUCGUAUCGGUUGAUGCUUAAGAGCGGAUCUAAUCUCAUGGAUGAACCCGACUUCUUUUGGGAAAACGCUUACUUAAAGCCAGUGUUUCAAGCUACCAAGGAGUAUUUUGAAAUUGCGGAGCGUGUUGAGGCACUGGAUAAUAAACUGGACGCAGCAAACGAAAUAUUGUCGAUGAUUGCGGAGGAGUUCUCACAACGUCAUGGUGCGCGGCUGGAGUGGAUUGUCAUUUGGCUCGUCUUCGUGGAGGUUAUUCUUGGUGUGCUGGAGUUGAUUAUUAACAUCAAGCCUUGGGUGGAACGCGGGAAGUGA